ACAUUUUUAUCCGUGUGUUAUUUCAGCAGAUCAAAUCAGAAGCAAAAAGGCAUUCGAGUCACAUCGUAUCUAGUUAGAGUUUUUUGACGCGGAAAGAGGCCAUGUCUACUGCGCUCGUAUCAGCAUUUUACGAUGUUAACGAUGUCGUUUACAAGAACAACAAAAAUCUGGGAAGCAGCCCCUUCGAUUUUAGACCGAGGAAUGAUCGCCGUGUUGUAGCACCACCGAGAAGACAUUCUACCAAUUCCACGACACGACAAACUUCAACCAACCUUAUAACGUUAUCUAGUUUAAGUAAUAAGCAAAGGGAACGAUCACUGAGCUUGAGCACCGCAACUUCGAUUCAGUCUGAAGACGAUCCCAGACGAAACAGCCAAGGAUCAAGUCGUUAUAAAACAGAGUUGUGCCGACCAUUUGAAGAAAGUGGUACUUGCAAAUACGGUGAUAAAUGUCAGUUUGCUCACGGUGUGCAUGAGCUUAGACAGUUAUCUCGCCACCCGAAAUACAAGACCGAACUUUGUCGCACAUUUCAUACAAUUGGGUUUUGCCCUUACGGUCCGAGAUGCCAUUUUAUACACAACGCCGAAGAGAAGCGCGCCCCACCUCCAAAUAGUCCUCGCUCGCCUCCACCGCUUUCUCCACUCAAUGGACCUCCAUCUCCACCACUUACUGAUCCAUUAUCACCACUGUCUACAUCCCUAACACCACCAUCGCCUUCUCCAUUGUCCUUUUACAACGAUGAGAGCCCUCUUUCUAGCCCUAUUGACAGUCCUCUGCCGAUGCCAAUGUCUAGCUCUCCGUCUGUGAACAACGUCUUCAAAUUUCCCUCACCAACUCAAGAGUAUUCCCCAGUGAUUUCUACCACUGCUGUAGGGUCUCCACGUUUCACUCCUUCGAUUUCCUUGAAAACAGUGGAAGAAGAAAGAGAUGAUUUACCGCCAACUCCUCCUGAAGCGUUCGAUGCAUUUGGCCGUCGUCGCCUGCCUGUCUUCAACACGCUGGGCUACAACUAGUAGGAAACAGCAACAUUCUGACUCGGAAAAACACAGAGCAAUAUGGCUAAGCAUAAUACUGAGAUAACCAAACAGAACAAGCCCAAAGUCUGGUGAAUCAGCUAAGGUGAUAAAGCACGUUGAAAUAUUAUAAUAUUGAACUUAUUUUUAUGAUCGUCUUGUAGUAGAGAAUAUAUAUAUAUAUAUUACGCAUUUAUAGAAAAAAAAUAAAAUUAGUUAUUUAUCAAGAGAAGGCAACGGGAAAAAUUAACAAAGUGGAAGAGCUUAUGUUAAACAUGAGUUUUUUUCCGAGCUAAGUCUUUUAUAUGCUUUUUUCAUAUCUAUUUGUGUAAUUUGCUAUUGUACAGUGUAAGGCUUUCAAUGGAUACGGUACGCCAAUUUAGAGGCUUUUCGUUUCUUUCUAUUCUAUAUAUAUUUAUAUAUAUUAUUUAUUGUAACUUAUAAAAUUAACUCUGAGUAUAAGGGCUAUUUUGUUACAAAUUCCCUUUACUCAAGCCCCCUUAAAUUCUUACUAUAUUUGUUACUGUUAUGAUAGAUAAUUUUCUUAUUAAUAUAUGUUCUAUUUACAAGGUCUUGAGGCAGGCAAAAUGUAACUUAGUUAAUUUAUAUACCAUUUAGAAGAAUAACCUUUCGUUGGAAAUGUAAAUAAGUUAUACUCUUUCGAUUACAAAUCACUACACAAUCGUUUGCUCUCAAGCAUAAUUUUAUAAUGAUACGACAACUGUAGAGCAAUUUCUAAAUUUAUUAAAUUAAAAGAUGCCCAUUUUCUAA